AUGACGAAACGUCGAAGAGAGCGCGAUCGACCCAAGGCCGGACCGGAAUCGUUGUAUAAUCCUAACAAGAGAGUACAUCUGAGCUAUGCGGAGAGUGAAGAUGAAGAUACCAGUGAAUUUCAUGUCGAAGAGGAGAAAAUAGUAUCUCUAAGUCGCGCGAAGGACAUACCGCUGUCGAAUGCACAAGAAACUACAGAGGAUAGGCAAACGAGCAGACCAGUUGUGUCCAUAGCGCAGAACGACGAUGACUAUGAGCCUGGUGUACCAGAUGAGCCCGCACAACCAAUACCCGCGACGGAGCAAGCCAGGAAAUCACCCGAAUAUCGAGACUUUCAAAUAUCAAAAUCGCGGCAAACCAAAAAGAAUGCGGACACAAGUGGCUGCAUACAGGUGCCAGACGAUGACGACGGCGGCGAUGAGUCGGAUCAGGAAGUUGCAAGAUACAUGCGAGCAGUACAAUCGGAACGGAAUGAGAUACCUCAGAUACUUUUCGCUGGAGGUUCCGCACAAGCGGACAGGAAUUCAGUCAAACAAUGCACCGAGGACGGCGAGGAAGCGGCUUAUGAAGACGGCGCGUUCUUCGCCCGAACGCGCACAGUAAUCACAGCACCAGAGGACUCCCUCGAUCCCAAGACUGUCUUCACAGAACGCUUGAUUCAGCGCUUUCAGCAUCAACGGACACAACUACAUAUACCCGCAACAGUUGAAGAGCUCACCGCUCUUUCCGACGAUGUCCUCAUCUCAUUUCCUUCCAACAGCAGCAAAGCCAAAUCCCACUGGCUCACGCAACUCCGCACACAUCCCCCUCUACCUGCGCAAAUACGGUCCAUCGAUCAGUCUACGGCUUUGCAACUCCUGGAAUUGAUAGCAGACUCCUGCCUCGUCAAAGCCACCGAUGUAAACUCCAUCACCAGCGCGUGGGUCUGGUCUCUCCUCGCCCGCCUCGAUGACGUGAGUAAUCUAUAUAACGACGAGAUCUACCCGCUACGACAACUGGGUAAGAAAGCGCUCUUCGUGCACCUCUCAUUCGCCAAUCCCGAGGCGGCCGCAGGGAUCGAGGCGUUAGAGCAAGAGGAAGAGGCCGUCGCUUCUACACCUCCAUCACUGCCAAAUGGCGAUGAUAUUGAACCCGGUGCUGGUCCUACCGCUAAUACGCAGGCGACGUUAGAUAUGAUUCUCACUGUCGUUGGCCAGGUCUUUGGACAAAAAGAUCUUUUGCAGUUCCGCCAAUCAUGGGAUAUUUCAGGAUGA